AUGCAAAACGAUCACUGCAAUCGACGUAAUUUAUCAAUGCCAAGAUGGAUCCAAAUCUGGCUUAAGCUUUCAACACUGAUAUGUAGCCUGGACGUUGCUUAUACCAUGCUUCGUCCACAUACCCUUCGGGGUAAUACACUGGGAAUCUUCUAUGAAUUAUGGAAUAUCUAUAGUGACGUUGAUCUAAGAUAUGCCACAACGAAUGAUAUUGUUACAAUGGCUACUGGACGUCUGAUGGUCAUCGAGAUAAUCUUAAAUAUUGCUGCGCUCUAUCUGUGUCGACACUACCCUCGUCAAGCCAAAUUAACUGCUUUCCUGACAAGUGCAUUUGUUUUCUGGAAAACUCUUCUUUACAUGACAAUGUUUAUCGCACCGCCCCAAGGAUCAGCUAAUUAUUUGGCUGAAUCAGCUGGCAUAUGGAAGCAAGUCUUCAUUUUCUGGCUUCCGGAUCUUGUUUGGUGUUUUGUCCCACUAGCUGCUAUGAUGCAUUUAUGGAGUGAAUUGAUCAGUCCCAAUACAUAA